AUUUUUAUCUUUUCUAAUUGAUGUAUUUGAGCGGAUACUCUCCACGCAGUCAAUUAUUCCAUCGCGCAAGAAAUGGCCGCAACUAUCAAGCUUUAUACCAAUCAUGGCUGCCCUUGGGCUCACCGGGCUCAUAUUGCAUUGAAUGAGCUGAAGCUACCGUUUGAAGAAGAAAUCAUUGAUCUUAGCGUUCCUCGUACACAAGAAUACCUGGCUAUUAAUCCCCGCGGUCUUGUUCCCAGCCUUUCAUAUAACGGCCAAAUUAUUACGGAAUCUGCGAUCGUCGCCCAAUUUCUAGCUGAUGCUUAUCCAUCUCAUUUAACCCCCACCGGUGGCACGCCAGAAGCAGCUCUUGCUCGUACUAGAAUUAAUUUCUUUGUCGAUACAUAUUUUACCAAGGCAAAUUCUCAAUACCAAAAAGCCAUCUUUGCCAAAACAAACGAGGAGGCUGAAGAGGCGGCUCAGGAGUUCGUAAAGCAACUUGAGAAAGAGGUUGAACCCCUACUGAGCGACGCGGCACCGUAUUUUGGAGGCAGUAAGGCAUUGACACUGGCCGAAGUCCUUACCGGCUCAUUCAUUCUUAGACUAUUGGCUCUUCCGAAGAAUGGGGUUGGACCGGAGAGCUUGAUCAAAGACUUACCUACUAAGACUCCCAAUUUCUAUAAGUGGGCCAACGCCGUGAUUGAGCACCCUAGCGUGAACAGCAUCUGGGAUGAGGAAAAAGUGGUGUCCAAGACCAAGCUCAUACUUGCGAAACGGAAGGCUUAAGAGUUACCAUCGCGAGAUGCAAUCUCUCGUUAUUAGUGAGAUAAUAAAGUUACAACAUUAAAUAUGCUAAAUAAGAGCAUUGAUAUACGAGAG